AAGUGCAAGGAGUCUCCAUUACAGAAUGUGUCUGUCACCCACAAACUGAGUGAUCAAGAGAAAAGAAAGUUUGCUGGAAAACGUAAGGUACUUGAAGAACGAUAUGAGCCUGAAUUCAUCUUGACAUUUGUUCUGAUGAGCGAAGGAUUCAGUGAUGAAUAUGUUCAACACUUUGUGGAACAUUUGCUUCAAGGCAUUGACCGCCAGUCUGUGGUCACACGCCUCAUUUGCUAUGUUGCACUGCUGAACACUUAUGUCCAAAACUCCUUCAUCUCUCAGUCCCAUUGUCAAGCUUUGCUUGCCUUUACCAUUCGUUUAGAAAGGUUUCGCCAGCAUGGGUUUGAGAAAUCACUCAGUGAUCAGGCUAAACUAGUCUUCUUGCAUCUUAAAGAUGAGAAGACACACAUUGAAUCAAUCAGAAUCAUUCAUCCACUGGUUGCAAAGGAAAUUCUCCAUCAACUUUUGGAGAAUCAACAGACCCAAAGCAGUUUAGCAAUGGAUUUGCUCUGUGAGAGUGUGCUUUUUGAGCACAGAUUUGGAAGGGACGAAUAUCAGUCGUUUUUGAGAGCACUUUUCUUAAGGCGAGCCAGAAUAAGCAAAGGGGAUAAAACUGAUAGUUUUUUUGCUCCUCUGAUUGAGCAUGUUUGUGAAAAGGAGAAAAGCCCAGACAAGGCAAUUGAGUUACUCAAGGAAGCAUUCGAUUGUUUCCAUAAAGAUCCAUUCUUUGCACAACAACUUGCUCGUCUUCAUUAUACUUAUGAAAAGUUUGAAGAUGCAAAACAGUGGGCGGAGACAGCAGCCAAACAGCUGCCAAACAACUGCUACAUACUAAACACAAAGGGGCAGGUGUACAAAAAAUGGUUCCAAGCUAAAUGCAAAGCUAUUGACAAUAAACCAAAGACAGCAGAACAAAUAGCAGAUGCUGUGGAGACUGCACUGAAUGCUGUGAAGUGUUUUCAAGAGUGUGAAAAAGCAGCUGUUGCUGAUAAGGAUACCCAUAACAGCUCAGGGUUUUUUUCUGAAGUUGAGGUUGCAUGCAGCUUGCUCAAACUGAUCUCUUCAUCGCAAGUGUUUGCCAACAAAGCAAGUCGCCAUUCAGAGUGUAUGAAGUACCUGUUAACAGAUUACAUUCCUGAGGAAGUUGAAGAGGCAUGGCAACCCUUUCAUGUCGGUUUUAAAAAACCUUCACAAGACAACACAAGAUGCCUUGGAAUGGAUCUCAGAAGACCUCAGUUACUUCCAGACGACAUAGAUUUGGAUGGAGAAGAGACCCCUGAAUGUCCUGAGGGGAUGAUAAGUCAUCCACUGAAAUGGUUGGCAAAAAAAAUCUUCAGAGUAUGGAAAGUACUUCAGUGAAGCUUAUUUUAGUACACUUCAGGGGCAAUCAACCCCUGCCAAUCUCACUUCUUUCCAAAAACGCAUGAUCAUCUAU